AAAUCCCCCUAGCCGUACCCUUUCCAACCGUUCCAUAUAUAAAAUGUCUCAAACCCCCUAACUUUCUUACAUCCCCAAUAAACUUAUAAGUGCGGAACUGUGUUAGAAGAAGAAGAGCUCAAAGAUACUAACAAAUCAGCAAAUUCAGAAGGAAACACAGAUUCUGCAGAUAAAACAUAUAGCUAGCAUCAAUAAGUCUUGCUUGCCAUGGCUGAGGAGUUUCAAGCUGCUAUUUGUGGUGAAAGUUGGUGGAAUAUUAUUAAUCCAACAAGAAGUGUGUUUCCUCUUAUGCCAUCAACUUGUUCUGUGGCAGCAGCUGAUGCAGGAAACUACAGCACUUGGCAAAGUACUACUGAUUUCGUGGAUUUGAAGGGAACAAGGUCUUGUGCUGAGGAGACUGAUAUUAACUUGGUUUCUUCUGAUACUUCUCUGAGUUUUCUUGAUGCCGAGAAGCCACACCAGAGCGGAACUGGUAGCAUCUUGAUCGAUUCCACCUUACAAAUGAUGGGUUUUGGCAUGUCAUCUUCAACUUCACCGAAUUGGAGUCAAUCUUUAUUAGGGAGCAGUUUUGAUUCUGUGCUUCAAGAAGAAACAGGCAUAGGUGGUGGUGGUUCUUCCAAUGAUUCACAAAUCCAAAAGGAUUGGAGUCCAAAGAAUUUCUCAUCUGAUGGUGGCAGCGAGCAAGUUUCCACCGUUGAUGCUUUCAAGCCAAUGAACCAAGAAUUUUCCUUGGAUCAGCAGAGUCUGAAUUCUGUUGUUACAAGCACUGAUGGAUCAUUAUCUGGUGGUAAUUUCCCAGUUGUUUCAGCCUCCUACGGUUACCCUUCAACAUUGAUACAAAGCUUAUAUGAGCAUCAACCACAACCACAGAAUUCACUUUUCACCAACCCCUCCAUGUCCUAUGGGACAUGUUCCAAUGAACUGUCACCAACUUGGUCCAAAGUCUCUUCCUUUCUCAAACCCUCAAUGCCAAAGCAACAGCUCCGUGGAUUGCACUUUUCCAACAACACUACUCCUUUCUGGAAUUCUUCAGCCGAAGCGCUUAAUGACAUAAGAGCAGGUGUUUUUGCUUCAUCACAGGCCCAAUAUCAAACUCCAAAAUUUGAAGAGAAACCCAACUGCCCCCAUACUCUAUUAAAGAAGCUCAAGAGAGAAGAAUCACCAGACGCAGCGAAGAAAAAUUCUCCUGAGCCUGCCGCAUUCAAGAGGCAAAGAAUUGAGACUCCAUCUCCAUUACCAACUUUUAAGGUUAGGAAAGAAAAGCUGGGGGACCGCAUCACUGCUCUUCAGCAAUUGGUUUCACCUUUCGGAAAGACGGACACGGCAUCCGUUCUUCACGAAGCCAUCGAGUACAUCAAGUUCCUUCAUGACCAAGUCAGUGUAUUGAGGACUCCAUAUAUGAAAAACAAUGGAGCUCCCAUUCAACACCAGCAGGAUUGUGAUAAUCUGAAGGACUCAGAAGGGCCAAAGCAAGAUUUGAGAAGCCGAGGGCUGUGUUUGGUGCCGGUUUCAAGCACAUUCCCGGUCGCUAAUGAGACCAUUGUUGACUUCUGGACGCCUACAUUUGGAGGCGCACUCAUUGGCAAGUAGAGACAAGUGGAGAACUCGUGACCAUAAUAACUAUAUAUUUAUAUAUAUAUAUGUGUAAACUAAAAGGAAGAAGAAGAAGAAGGCACGAUUGGCAAAGAGAAAAUUAAAUUAAAGCUGAAGAGAACAAAAGAGAAAAAAAGAAAGAAAGAAAAGGAAGAGACUCUUCAAAGAGAACACGUAAAGCAGAAUGAUGUACGCUAGUAAAUGAUUAGUGACUUCUUGAAGAGAAUAUAAUAGAUUAGCUUUAGGACCCUUUAAGAUUAAUAGUGUUUUAAAUAUUAACGUCGAUGAGUGGCAGGAACAAGUGCUAAAUUCAGAGGCAUUUGACAUAUUAGAUUAUAGACUUUUUGUUGCUGUUGUUGUUAGAGAGUCAGUAAUAUAUGCCUGAAUUUAGCAGAUGGGGCUAGCUAGCUAAAACGCCUUUUGUUCCUGCUAUAAUCGAUGUAUUAUUGUAUUAUAUAUUUUGAAUCAUUAAAGAGGUUUUACACCAACUUUAAUUUUA